CACACACACACACACACACACACACACACACACACACACACACACACACACUGUAGAUCAUUGAUGGAUAUAGUGGAGAUGCCUGAGUGACUGCAUUAGUGAGUGUGCUUUCCAGGGCUCUGUCCUCCAAGUCACUGGCCAGUCCCAUGCCCCCCUGUCCUUCUACUGGGGGUCACAGGCAGAGGGGAGGGCCCUAAAUGGCUAUAAUUAGCCUGUGGCCCAGAGUGCUGUCUAAGGUCUAAUACAUUAUAUGAUAGGUCACCCUUGCACUUUUCUUAAAUAAUUCUCCAUUUCUUCUAAAGUUGAAAUAAAAAAUAAAAAACAUUUGAUCUCCACACCUUAUUGGAUUUUCAACAUUGAAGAAUAAAUAGUAUUUUUGCAAACUUAAGUUUAGAAAUGUAAUUUAGAAAAUAAAUACAAUUAACAUGGACAACAUUAUUGGCACCCUGAAACUAGUACUUUUUUGCACAGCUGUUGGCCAAGAUGACUCCUGACAAAUGCUUCUUGAAGCUUCCUGCACCUUUCUACUGGCAAUUGGGCUCACUUUUCAGCAAACUGCUCUAAUUCUUUCACGUUUGAGGGGUGCCCUCCAACUGCUGUUUUCAGCUCUCGCCAUAGAUAAUGGAUGUGUUUUCAGCUCUCGCCAUAGGUAAUGGAUGUGUUUUCAGCUCUCGCCAUAGGUAAUGGAUGUGUUUUCAGCUCUCGCCAUAGGUAAUGGAUGUGUUUUCAGCUGUCGCCAUAUAUAAUGGAUGUGUUUUCAGCUCUCGCCAUAGGUAAUGGAUGUGUUUUCAGCUCUCGCCAUAGGUAAUGGAUGUGUUUUCAGCUCUCGCCAUAGAUAAUGGAUGUGUUUUCAACUCUCGCCAUAGGUAAUGGAUGUGUUUUCAGCUCUCGCCAUAGGUAAUGGAUGUGUUUUCAGCUCUCGCCAUAGGUAAUGGAUGUGUUUUCAGCUCUCGCCAUAGGUAAUGGAUGUGUUUUCAGCUCUCGCCAUAGGUAAUGGAUGUGUUUUCAGCUCUCGCCAUAGGUAAUGGAUGUGUUUUCAGCUCUCGCCAUAGGUAAUGGAUGUGUUUUCAGCUCUCGCCAUAGGUAAUGGAUGUGUUUUCAGCUCUCGCCAUAGGUAAUGGAUGUGUUUUCAGCUCUCGCCAUAGGUAAUGGAUGUGUUUUCAGCUCUCGCCAUAGGUAAUGGAUGUGUUUUCAGCUCUCGCCAUAGGUAGUGGAUUUGUUUUCAGAUCUCGACUCUUUGCCAGCCAUUCCUGAAUAGUCCAGCGUUUCUUCUUGAACCGUUCCUGGGUGCUUUUUGAUGUGUGUUUGGGGUUGUUGUUCUGCUGGAAGACCCACAACCUUCAAUUGAGACAUAGUUUUUGGACACUGGGUUGAACAUUGGACUCCAAAUCACCUUAUGAUGCGUUACUCACAUUCAAGGCCCCCAGUACCAGAGGCAGCAACGCAACCCCACAGCAUUAUCAAACCUCCCCAUGUUUGACUGUAGGGAGGGUGUUCUUUUCAUUGAAGAACCUUACUACUCUGUUCUGAUCUUUUUUGGAAACAUACUGUACCACAUUGUGUGUGUGUGUAUGCACCAGGGUCUGUAAUGACUCCUCUAGCACUGAGAUGCAGUGCCUUAGACCACAGUGCCACUCGGGAGCCCUGAGCAUCUCCUCCUCUACCCUCGGUUCCUCUUCCAUCUUCUCCUCCUCCUCCGUUCCUCUCCCAUCUCCUCCUCCUCUGUUUCUCUUCCAUAUUCUCCUCCUCCUCCGUUCCUCUCCCAUCUCCUCCUCCUCUGUUUCUCUUCCAUUAUCUCCUCCUCCUCCGUUUCUCUUCCAUCUUCUCCUCCACCUCUAUUCCUCUCCCAUCUCCUCCCCUCCCGUUCGAUCUCCUCCAAACUCCUCCUCCUCCGUUCCUCUCCCAUCUCCUCCUCCUCUAUUCCUCUCCCAUCUCCUCCCCUCCCAUUCGGUCUCCUCCCAUCUCCUCCUCCUCCGUUUCUCUCCCAUCUCCUCCUCCUCUAUUCCUCUCCCAUCUCCUCCCCUCCCAUUCGGUCUCCUCCAAUCUCCUCCUCCUCCGUUCCUCUCCCAUCUCCUCCUCCUCUAUUCCUCUCCCAUCUCCUCCCCUCCCAUGUCCUCCUCCGUUCCCCUCCCAUCUCCUCCUCCUCCGUUCCUCUCCCAUCUCCUCCCCUCCCGUUCGGUCUCCUCCCAUCUCCUCCUCCUCCGUUCCUCUCCCAUCUCCUCCUCCUCCGUUCCUCUCCCAUCUCCUCCUCCCCCGUUCCUCUCCCAUCUCCUCCCCUCCCGUUCGGUCUCCUCCCAUCUCCUCCUCCCCCGUUCCUCUCCCAUCUCCUCCCCUCCCGUUCGGUCUCCUCCCAUCUCCUCCUCCUCCGUUCCUCUCCCAUCUCCUCCUCCGUUCCUCUCCCAUCUCCUCCCGUCGGAUUCGGUCUCCUCCCAUCUCCUCCUCCUCCGUUCCUCUCCCAUCUCCUCCCCUCCCGUUCGGUCUCCUCCCAUCUCCUCCUCCUCCGUUCCUCUCCCAUCUCCUCCUCCAUUCCUCUCCCAUCUCCUCCCCUCCCGUUCGGUCUCCUCCCAUCUCCUCCUCCUCCGUUCCUCUCCCAUCUCCUCCUCCGUUCCUCUCCCAUCUCCUCCUCCGUUCCUCUCCCAUCUCCUCCCCUCCCGUUCGGUCUCCUCCCAUCUCCUCCUCCUCCGUUCCUCUCCCAUCUCCUCCUCCAUUCCUCUCCCAUCUCCUCCCGUCCCGUUCAGUCUCCUCCCAUCUCCUCCUCCUCCGUUCCUCUCCCAUGUCCUCCUCCGUUCCUCUCCCAUCUCCUCCCCUCCCGUUCGGUCUCCUCCCAUCUCCUCCUCCUCCGUUCCUCUCCCAUCUCCUCCUCCGUUCCUCUCCCAUCUCCUCCCCUCCCGUUCGGUCUCCUCCCAUCUCCUCCUCCUCCGUUCCUCUCCCAUCUCCUCCCCUCCCGUUCGGUCUCCUCCCAUCUCCUCCUCCUCCGUUCCUCUCCCAUCUCCUCCUCCAUUCCUCUCCCAUCUCCUCCCCUCCCGUUCGGUCUCCUCCCAUCUCCUCCUCCUCCGUUCCUCUCCCAUCUCCUCGCCUCUGUACCUCUCCCCUUGUUAUUCCACUGGAUGCUGCCUCUGUUUGCCAAGAUAUUAAAAAGAUCACAGAUCAGCUGCUCAGGGACAGAGAGGAUUAGUUGACCCAACAAGUAACCCCAGUAACACCCAGCCAGCCCUACCCUGGCUGAGCAACACAACAAUGGCAUGGAGCAGCUUCUCCCUGUCUUAUCCGCUGUGAUGAUACACUGACCACUGUUGUGUGCAACAAAAGCAAUGAAAAGUAGGUUACACACAAUAGUCCAUUGUAGGUGGAAUACCCUGUACUAUUAAAGGGAUACUUUUGUUUCCUUGACCUUGUCACAAUGGUAUGGUGUCAUCACAGUUACCUACAUGGUUCAUUUUGAUAUGUGGUGUAUUGGUGGGCCGUGAUUAAUAAACAUGUUCCAUAAUGUAGACUAACAAGACCGAUAUGAAGGCUGUCCCUGCUGGUCCUGGUAUGCUGAGUACUAGGCCAUCAUGUAUUUAGGAGGUCAACUCUGUUUUUGUUGAUAUACUUGUUGAUUUAUUGGUUGUUUACUUGGUUUAAGACCCAGAAGAGUAAAAGUGAUGGUGUACGCUCAAAGCUACUACAAUGGUCCAUCCAUCCAUUCAUUCCUCCAUUCAUCCAACCAUGCACCCAUCUAUCCAUUAAUUCAUUCACAUCCAGUCAGCAGGGAGAUCCAGGGUCUCCUCUCCCAGUGUUGGUUCAGCUGUCAGGUUGUGGAAGUAGCUUAACUGAUCCCAGAUCUGCCUUCCGCACAGAAGGUGUGCUAAGCCAUCCCAGAUAAGCCUUUGGUGUAGCUGGAUAUAUAAUGUGUGUCUGUGUGUGUGCGUGUGUCUGUGUGCGUGUGUCUGUGUGCGUGCGGGUCUGUGUUAGUGCGGUUGUGUGUGUGUUAGUGUGGUUGUCGGAUUGUGUGUGUGUUAGUGAGGGUGUGUGUUAGUGAGUUUGUGUGUGUGUGUUAGUGUGUGAGUGCGGGUGUGUGUGUGUUAGUGCAGUUGUGUGUGUGUUA